AUGGAUUCUUUCAACCAAUCAACUGGAUUCAGGUAUAAUCCAGAUUCAAACACGAUGGGUGAUGCUGAUGGCGAUUCAGAGGUCUCCGGGAUUCUUGAAAUCUAUGUUCAUCAUGCCAGGAAUAUUCACAACAUAUGUAUCUAUGAUAACCAAGAUGUUUAUGCAAAAUUCUCUCUAACUUAUAAUCCUGAUGAGACCAUUUCAACUAGAAUUAUCAAUGGAGGUGGCAAAAACCCAGAAUUCAAUGAAAACUUGAUGAUGAAACUCACUCAACUUGAUGCAGUCCUCAAAUGUGAGAUUUGGAUGCUUAGUAGAGCUAGAAACUACAUGGAGGAUCAGCUUCUAGGAUUUGCUUUGGUCCCUAUUUCCCAAGUUUCGGGCAAAGGAAAGGUGACUCAAGAUUACAGCCUCUCCUCCACUGACCUCUUUCACUCUCCUGCUGGUACUGUCCAAUUGUCUCUUUCCUUAAACACAGCUUUGCCUGUUAAGCCCUCAGCGACAGCUACGAACUCUUCAAUAUCAUCAGAGGUUGUGCUUCUUGACAGAAAGAUAUCAGAGGUUAUUUUGGACCCAGUUGAGUAUUCGAGAAUUGAAUUUCCUGAUGUCAAUGUUGUUAGAGAGAAUCAGCAAAUGGUCUCGGAGUAUUUUGAUGGCUUGGGUUCUAGGCCUGGCUCAUUUCUUCACCUCGGUGCCUCCCCACAACCUGCUUUUCAUGACUAUGAAAUGACAACGAAUUCCUCAGAGGAAAAUCAAGGUGGUUCAGCUUCUCCUAAUGGUAGCAUCCAAAACUCCAGUUUCUUGAGCUCUACGACAACAAGCCUGAGCGAUGACAGAAAUUCCUCUGAUUCAGUUGAGAGAAAGAGUCGUUUAGGUGGUCAGUCAUCGAACUCUCUUAACGUUUCGAUCACCACAGAGGCUAAUCAUAACUCCCGUGCUUGUCCUGACACUCCAACUUCAAAGAAGGAAAACAAAGUCCGAGACGAAAAGGAAUCAAACUAUACAAGCAGGGAGGAGGAGAGCAAGAAGGAAGGAAACAUGAGUUCUGUUAAAUUUGGUCAAGUAUUUUCUGCCCCACUAGGAAAUAUCAAUCUUGAGGCAGAGCAGUCUGCAAUGCAGCAGCAAAUAGUUGACAUGUACAUGAGGAGCAUGCAACAAUUCACAGAAUCUUUGGCCAAGAUGAAGCUACCUAUGGAUCUUGACAAGCCAGAACCUGAGGAUGGCGGCGAUGUGAUUCAAAGUCAUAGCAAUAAACUAGAGCUUGAGAAGAAGAGAAAGGACGGAGGGCGAGUAUUUUAUGGUAGCCGGGCAUUCUUCUAA